GGCUACGAGACAGCAUAACCAGGAGGCAAAUGGAGAAGCAAAAAAAAGACAAAAGUGCAGAUUUGGAAAUUACAGUACCUAUUCGACAUUGUCAUAAAACUUUGGGGAAACCAGAAUGUGGAAUAUAUGAAUAUGCCCCUAGGAAAAACAUUUUCCAACCGAAAAAGGAGUUAAAGCGAGGAGACUGGAAAACAGAAAGCACAUCCAGCACAACAAGUAGUGCAAGUAACCGCUCCAGCACUCGGAGCAUAUUGAGUGUCAGCAGUGGGAUGGAAGGGGACAGUGAGGAUAAUGAAGUCUCAGAAACAACUAGAAGCCGCAGCCCAGUUGCCUACCAAGCGGAGAGGCUGCCUUUCCCAGAAAGGCCUCCCAGAGUGCCUCCCCGAGGUGCAAGCAGGCCUGUAAGCUGUGAAGGCUUUUAUCCUCCACCUGUGCCCCCAAGAGGUCGCUGAAUCUCUCAACAUCUGUGGAAUAUGAGAUUUUUGUUUGUAUGUGUGUUUGU